CCUCCACUGCUCAGCAGGCUUCGCCUCCACUCCCAUCACCAAGAUGCCCAACGGAUGCUGCGGUGGCGGAAGUAGCUACACCAUGUGCUGCUACAGCAGCCCCAAGACCUGCAAGAGGCCCAUGUGCUGCAGCCCCAUGCAGUGCUGCAGCCCCUGCUGCACCCCCUGCUGCAUGCCCAUGCAGUCCUGCUGCAUGUCCAUGCCCUGCUGCUACACCAUCAGCAGCAACAACAGCGGCUGUUGCGGCGGCAGCAGCGGCGGCUGCUGCGGUGGCAGCAACUGAACCCACCCGGCUCGUUCCCUCUUGGAUACGGAUUUGGAUAUGGAUAACACCCCAAACGCUCCUCCUCCUGUGCUUAGACGCUGUAGAACUCCUCUUCUUCUCCUGCCUUCCCUCGCCUGGUGCUUGUGAUGUGCCCUGAAGCCGCCGCCCAGCGAGCUUCUCCCGUGAGCGCUGGUGCUGCCCUUCGUUCUCCUCUUGGUGUGUGGGAUGUUUCACUCUUUCCAUCACUGUUUU